AUGAACCCGGUGGGGAGCCUGGGCCCGGCGAUCGUGUUCGGCCGGUACACCUCCAUUUGGAUCUACGUCAUCGUGCCCGACGCCGGCAUGCUGCUCGGCGCACUCUUCAACAAAGCCGUCCGGCAGUCCGACGCGGUCGUGGGCUUCCUCUGCGGUGGCAGGGGCGCGUCCAGCCGGGUGGUCGUCGCCGGAGCACCUGGAACGAACUAG